GUCCCCGCCCCGCUCGGCCCCUCUAAGAGAGGGCUGCCUCCUUCUGCCUGGUGUUACGCGGCGGGUACCUCUAGAGGAAUGGCUUCACCCAGUAGGAGUAGGGUGGGGCGUGUCCACACUACAAAUGCGUGUCGAGGGUGUAUCUGCAUCGUCCUCUGUGAGGGGCCAGGUGGGGCGGGAAUCCCUCAGGCAGCCAGACGACAACUGCAGAGGCUUCUGGGCCUUUUAAGUUUGGAGAAGUUGAGGACCUUGUCGCUCAUUUGGCAGAAGGUGGGACCCGGUUCUCAGUCUUGGCAGGAAGGGAUGGCUUAGAACCUAGGCGGAGUCAGGUCCGCUGUGGUCACGUCUCCGGUGACCCACUUUCCGCUCUGGUCUUUACCUUGUACCGCCCACCUCAGGGCCUGGAUGCGAAGGCACCGGUUCUCAUUUCCUGCUGGUUUUCUUUCAUUCAUUAAUUUAGAGACAAGGUCUCCUAGCAGCCUCAAACCCCUGGGCUCAAGUGAUCCUCUGCUUCAGCCUCUCCCUCCCGAGUAGCUGGGACAACAGGCACGUGCCACCACACCUGGCUAAUUUUCAAAUUUUUUUUAGAUCAGGUGUUGCUGUGUUGUCCAGGCUGGUUUCAAACUCCAGCCACAAGCGAUCCUUCCACCUCAGCUUCGAAAGUGUUGGGAUUACUCGUGCCUGGCCUUUUUAAGUUUUGAAACAGCUUUAGGUUUACUUGAAAGUUGCGGAGCUAGAUCCCCCUAGUGUUGACAUAAACUCAGUACAUUUGUCAAAACUAGGAAAUUAACAUUGGUAUAAUACUGUUAACCGAGCUACACGCUUUAUUCAGAUUUUACCAGUUUUUCUGCUAAUGUUCAUUUUCUGUUCCAGGAUCCCAACAAGAAUAUUGUAUUGUAUUUUGCCUGUCUUGUUUUUAGCCAGUGUUGAGAGAAGGAGUCGCCUCUGUCAUUCCCUCCCCCGCACAUGACCUAACGACUUUUUAAAAUCAAAGAACUAUUCAGUCUUUCAAUUUAGUGAAUAUUUAUUGAUGGUCUGUUAUAUCCUAGACACUGUUUUAGGCACUGGCGAUUUAGCAUUAAACCAGGUAAUCCUGCUGUCGUGGGAGCUAAAAAUAGCCCGCGCUGGUACCCACUGGUUGUCUUUUGCCAUUUUGUAUUUCAGUUUUUGUUGUUGUUGUUUUAAAUGUAAGGGCAUGCUGCUUAGAAUAAUUUUCAAGUUGUGUGAAAACCAAUGUCAUUUCAACUUUUCUGCCCCUUCUGGUUUACACUAAAAGCUACUAUAAACUUCCAGGUGAUAGUAUCAGCUCUUGCAUCAUCCAUUAUUUAUCACAUUUUUUCCCCUCAAACUUUUUACUAUCCUGAGAAAAAUGCAGUGCACAAAGAAACAGUAAUUAAGAGGACUGAAAACCCUACUCUAAGUAGAGUUUCAUGUCUUUGUAAUUUCAAUGCUUUCACACAUAAUCCAGGAAAAAACUAACAUCGCUCUGCAUUCUUCCUUCACAGGUACCAUGUUUUAAGGAACUGUGAGUUGCUCAGAGAUAAUAAGCAUCCUGAAUUUCUUUUUAUUUCUUUGCAUAUUGUGCAGGAGUUCGUGAUCAAGUGUUGCCCACACGAAAUUCUUCAUUCAGAGUCAUAGUACAUGUGGAUCUGGAUUGCUUUUAUGCACAAGUAGAAAUGAUCUCAAAUCCAGAGCUAAAAGACAAACCUUUAGGGGUUCAACAGAAAUAUUUGGUGGUUACCUGCAACUAUGAAGCUAGGAAACUUGGAGUUAAGAAACUUAUGAACGUCAGAGAUGCAAAAGAAAAGUGUCCACAGCUGGUAUUAGUUAAUGGAGAAGACCUGACCCGCUACAGAGAAAUGUCUUAUAAGGUUACAGAAUUACUGGAAGAAUUUAGUCCAGUUGUUGAGAGACUUGGAUUUGAUGAAAAUUUUGUGGAUCUAACAGAAAUGGUUGAGAAGAGACUACAGCAGCUGCAAAGUGACGAACUUUCUGCGGUGACUGUGUCGGGUCAUGUGUACAAUAAUCAGUGUAUUGGCUAUAAAACUGCCAAAUGUCUUGAAGCACUGGGUAUCAAUAGUGUGCAUGAUCUCCAAACCUUUUCAUCCAAAAUUUUAGAAAAAGAAUUAGGAAUUUCACUUGCUCAGCGUAUCCAGAAGCUGAGUUUUGGAGAGGAUAACUCCCCUGUGAUACCCUCAGGACCACCUCAGUCCUUUAGUGAAGAAGAUUCAUUUAAAAAAUGUUCAUCCGAAGUUGAAGCUAAAAAUAAGAUUGAAGAACUACUUGCUAGUCUUUUAAACAGAGUAUGCCAAGAUGGAAGGAAGCCUCAUACAGUAAGAUUAAUAAUCCGUCGGUAUCCCUCUGAGAAGCACUGUGGUCGUGAGAGUCGUCAGUGCCCUAUUCCAUCACAUGUAAUUCAGAAGUUAGGGACAGGAAAUUAUGAUGUGAUGACCCCAAUGGUUGAUAUACUAAUGAAACUUUUUCGAAAUAUGGUGAAUGUGAAGAUGCCAUUUCACCUUACCCUUCUAAGUGUGUGCUUCUGCAACCUUAAAGCAGUAAAUACUGCUAAGAGAGGGCUUAUUGAUUAUUAUUUAACGCCAUCAUUAUCAACAACUUCAUGCUCUGGCAAGCACAGUUUUAAAAUGAAAGACACUCAUAUGGAAGAUUUUCCCAAAGACAAAGAAACAAACCGGGAUUUCUUACCAAGUGGAAGAAUUGAAAGUACAAGAACUAGGGAGUAUCCACUAGAUACCACAAAUUUUUCUAAAAGAAAAGAUAUUAAUGAAUUCCCACUCUGUUCACUUCCUGAAGGUGUUGAUCAAGAAGUCUUUAAGCAGCUUCCAACAGAUAUUCAAGAAGAAAUCCUUUCUGGAAAAUCUAGGGAAAAAUUUCAAGGGAAAGGAAGUGUGAGUUGUCCAUUACAUGCCUCUAGAGGAGUAUUAUCUUUCUUUUCUAAAAAACAAAUGCAAGAUAUUCCCAUAAAUCCUAGAGAUCAUUUAUCCAGUCACAAACAGGUAUCCUCUGUAUCUCCUUGUGAACCAGGAACAUCAGGCUUAAAUAGCGGUAGUUCCUCUUAUAUGUCUAGCCAAAAGGAUUAUUCAUAUUAUUUAGAUAAUAGAUUAAAAGAUGAACGAAUGAGUCAAGGACCUAAAGAACCUCAAGGAUUCCACUUUACAAAUUCAAACCCUGCUGUGUCUGCUUUUCAUUCAUUUCCAAACUUGCAGAGUGAGCAACUUUUCUCCAAAAACCACACUACAGAUAGCCAUAAGCAAACAGUAGCAACAGACUCUCAUGAAGGACUUACAGAAAAUAGAGAGCCAGAUUCUGUUGAUGAGAAAAUUACUUUCCCUUCUGACAUUGAUCCUCAAGUUUUCUAUGAACUACCAGAAGUAGUACAAAAGGAACUGCUGGCAGAGUGGAAGAGAACAGGAUCAGAUUUCCACAUUGGACAUAAAUAAGCAUAUUCAGCAAAAAAGUCUGAAAAUCUAGGGAAUACCAUUAUUUUCAGAUUAGCGGUUUAUUAAGCUCUUCUAUAUUAAACACUAAUAGAUAUUCAAUAAUGGAGUAAACUGUUCGAGAUAAAGCAAGAAUAGUUGCAGGAAGUAAAUUCUGGAACAAAGCAUAAAAAUAUAACAGAAGAAAUAAUGUAAAAUACUAUCUUUUCUGUCUAAAGCUGUUUUAUAUUGCUUUUCAAUAAAAAGAAUAUCAUGGUCAACCUAGAA